AUGCGGCGAGAGACACCUGGCGGCCGGUCGCGGAAAACGGCGGACUUGCACGUGGCCAUCAGCGCGCGCAAUCGCGACCACGUGGCGAGUCUCGCCACGGUGCUGAUAGAUGCUGGCCAUGCAGACGUGAAUCAACGGAGCAAGGACCGGAAUGAGCGGUUUGAGUCACCUUUGUUCAGUGCCUGUCGCCUGGGCUAUGGCGACAUUGCCAAGAUCCUCAUCAAGUCUGGGGCGGACGUGAACCAACGCGACUUCUACGACCAUUCGCCAUUGUGGGUCGCCGCUGUCGAGCGGCGCCUGGACCUGGUCAAGCUCCUGAUCCGCAGUGCCCGGUCCCACCUGCGACACAUUUUGGAAUACCUAGUGGCGAGUGGGGCUAGUCCAGACCUGCGGGAUGAAUUGGGUCGUAAUGCCCUUUUCUGGAGCUUGAAGAACAAGGACCUGAAGGCCUUUAGGUUCCUGGUAGAAGCCGGGGCCCGACUGAACCCCAAUUGGGACUGGCUCCAGUCCAACAGGUUGCCGAAAGCACUUGAUCUCAAGUCGACUCGAGAUGGAACGGAGUUUCUUCACUGGUUGCACCUGGAAACCACUCAGCCCAGGCCCUUGCUGAGACAGGCUCGAACAGUAAUUCGCAGGUGUUUAUCUGGAGACGGAUCUUCGAUUGCAAAAAGAACAAAGCAGCUGCCUUUACCUGACACUCUGAAGCGAUAUUUGCUGCUGAAUGAAAAGUCUGCUUUGGCAGACGCGGAUCUCGGCCACGAAAAGCCGGAAAUCGUCUGCAUCUUGGGACCGGAACCCCGAUCUUUGGACCCUCUGGUGCUUUAAACCCAGCACCGUGGCGUUUCUCUUGAAAAAAACAAAGAGACUUAUUCUCUCCCUUUUUUGCACUCAUGCUUUGAACGAAGAAACAAAAAUGCGUGCUUUUCUGCUUGAAAAAAAAAGAAACAAGCUUCUCUGCAGAGUUCCGUGUCUCUUUUCAGGAACAAGUGGGCACAGUUGAGACGGGGCGUCGGUAAAGUUGUGAUACAUUUCGUGCGGAGGGAGAUAUUUUGUUUUCUCUUCGUUUCGAGUCCUCGAAAUUCGUGGUGCAACUUUUUUGAGGGGAGCAAAUGCAGUUCACGACAGAGUAUGAAAAA